AUAAAGCAUAAUUAAACAUAUAUAAUAAAAAGUAAUUAAGACAUAUAUAUAUAUAUAUAUAUAUAUAUUUAUAUAUAUAUAUAUAUAUAUAUAUAUGAUUCACACAUGACUACAUGCAUAAAUGUGAAUUAUAGAGUUUAUGCAAAAUUCUUUGGUCCUACUUGCAAAACUCAUUUCUAUUAUAGAUUUUGCUAUUUUUAAAAAAGAAAUAACAAAAUAUAUUAGAGAUAGUCUAACUAUAAAAAGAAAUAAUAAAAUGUAUUUUAGAGAAAAAAAAUGAUUUAAAGUAAUUGUGUUUCUAAAUGUUAUUAGAGAAUCUAAAAUUGCAGUGGGUUAAAGAUGUUCUUAGAUUAUAUGGAUUGUGUUAAGAAAAUAUCAUUGCAUAUUUUUAUUGUUUAUUAUUUCUUUUAUAUAAACAUAUAUUCUUAUAAUUUUGGUUAGUGCAAUAAAAAAUGUGACUAUAUUUGAACCGUACUCCAUGUGAAUCAAACACGACCUCUGCUGGUCCAUAACAUCAAUAAAAAGAAAAGUGUCCUGAUUUAAUUUGCUAAAGCCCAAACAUAUGACUCUUGCUAAGUCACAUUCGAUCGUGAGUCCUGUUGGAAUCUACGGAGUUAUAGAAUGCAAGCCAAAUUUGAUUUAAUAUAUGAUUCUAGUUGACCAAAAGAUUACGGAUAUUAAAGAAAGAAAAGAUUGUCGACCAAAAAAAAAAGAAAAAAAAGAUUACUGUCCAGGCUGGCUCCUUAUCAUAUUCUUUGUCAAUUUAGAGGAAGGUGUUAAAACUUAUCUACGAUGUAAUCAAUAUAUCAAGAUGCACUUCUAUCUUAAUUCUUAAGUAGUCAGAAAUUAGAUUUUGUGUUGACUAACUAUCACAAGAUCUUUCAUAGAUAUUGAAUUGCACCAGUUGUCUUAAAAGGUAGAUGAUUUGUACAGUUUUGGGAAAUUUGCAUGUGUACUCCGCAAAAAAAAAAAAAGUUCGACGUGAGCACUUUUAACCAGUUGGAACCAUUUAUUUUUAGUAGACUCAGAAGUCAAAAUCAUUUGAAAUCCACAAAAAUUUAUUCGGUUCGGCUUAGUUCAGAUAGUAAUAUCUCUAACGGUCUAAUAUCCAAAAAAUUCAAUUCGAUUACAGCUCAAUAUAAUUAAUAGUACGUAACAUGUAAAAAAUCAAAUAAUUUUACAUAAUUUAUAUAUUUUAGAUAAAAUAAUUAAAUACUUGUAAUUCAGUUAUUAGAGUAUAAUUUAUCAAUUAAUUUUAAUUAUAAAGUAAAAUAUUAAGUUAAUCAAAUUUUAGAAGAUUGGCUAUUUUCAAAAUUAAAUAUUAUUAAUAUUUUAAAUAUAUAUACCAUUUUGAAUAUCCGGAUACCCGUUCAAUUGUUAGUUUGGUCUAAAUAUUUUUAACUAAAAAUACAUGAAUAAUUACUAAAAUAAAACGAAAUUCUUAAAAACUUCAAUCAGUAUUAAAACUAGCAAAUGCAUACACAUUUAAACUGAACAAUAAUAAUUAAUUAAAAGAAAAAUGCAUAUCUACUUAAGAUAUUGGACCAUAAGUCAAACCAAAAUUAUAACAUUUAUGGUAUUCUAAAAAGUCGAAGAAACAAACAAAAAUUACUUUUUACUUUUGAUAACUGCCUUAUAUUUUACAAAAUACACCUCAUCCCGCUAAUUGAACUUUGUGUGAACGAUAACUCUUGACAAGUUUCUCUUCCACUAGUAUAAAUAUGUAUCACCUUUCCACGUUCUAUUCACAAUAACCUUAGUGAAAAGUGUAAACACUAAAACUCUUUCUCCCAACGCCUCCUCCAAUGAAGAACUCGCCAAGAAACAAAGAUGACUCACAAACCAGCGGCAUGAUGACCAUCACCAGAAUCACCACUGCAAACCGACCCUAUAUCACUAGAUCCGAAACCGCCACUGUCUUCUGCGCCAACUCUUCUUCCUACAGACAAAUCGUCCGGAUGCUCACCGGACCCUCCAUGAAUCCUAACCCAACCCACCAACCCGCCCCGCCCCUGAGGUACUCACUUCCUCCACUCAGAACCGUCCCAACCAAGAACCACUCUUCUUCUUCUUCCACCACCAUCUACGAACGCCGCAACCAACAACUCAAGAUCAACCCGGUAAGUUCCGGGUUAACCGGGAACGUUCCUUCUCUCGUUCUCCCCAGCCCUGACACUCCUCUCCUUCAUGACCCGUUUGGGUCUGUUACACCCAGCCCGAGCGCUUCCGAGUCCGGAGAGUACGAUCCGAAACAUGACUCGGACGUGGAGGAGAGAGAGAUAAGAGAGAAAGGGUUUUACUUGCACCCGUCGCCGUCGUCGACUCCGACUGAUCCGAAGCCUCAACUUCUCAUUCUCUUUCCGUUGACUUCUCCUCGAGCCUCGGACUCUCCCGCCUCCUCAACCUAAGCUCAUGAAGCUCUAUUUAAUCCUAUUUAAAAUAAAUAUUAGCUAAAUUUUAUUUCGUAACCUAUAUUUUCGUUUUGGAAGCUAAGAUUUGUGAAUGCUGCUUGCGGCUAACUAAAAAUCAUGGCUCCAUAUAUCUAUGUUGUUGUUUUCUUUACCAUCAUUUGACAUUGGGUUUCAUAAACUUAUUCAUGUAUUAUUGGAUGUUAUAAUUAUUGGUUUAAUAUCUGCUAUAUUCG